UGGUGGCCACAAUCCAUCCUAUGUGUAUAGGCUCGUAGCGGAGAUUUACAGCCCUGAGGAUCACUAAGUAGGAGAAGCGCGAGAAGACGAAGUUUGUGAAGCUAUUUUUCUCAAGAGGCACUCCCGAAUACCAUACAAAGCUCUAGCUUUUUUUUGGAUUAUAAGGUGGAUCUCAUGCAUCUUCAUGGAAAGAAGCCAAUGCGUGGAGCUCAUCGAGAGUUGCAAGAGCUUCACAGCAGCGCAGGAGCUCCACAAAAAACUGCGCAACUCGAUUCGCUCCACCGAUUAUUUUCUGUGCAACAAGCUCAUCCAGAUGCACACGCGCUGCGGCACAGUGAGGCAGGCCCGCGAGAUCUUCGACAGCCUCUCAACCAAGCGGGCCUUCUCCUGGAAUCUCAUGCUCUCCGCCUACGCCCGGAAUGGCCGCCUGGAGGAAGCGCAGGACCUCUUCGACGCGAUGCCGGAACCGGAGCUAGUGACCUGGAACACCAUGCUCUCGGGGUAUGCCCAAAGUGGGCAUCUCCGCAGAGCCCAAGAGAUCUUCGACUCCAUGCCGUGCAAAGACAUCGUUUCCUGGAACGCCAUCCUCGCUGCGUACACCCAGAACGGGAAUCUCGACGAAACCGAGGCUCUUUUCGAUCGCAUUCCUUCACCCAAUCUCGUGUCUUGCAACUCGAUUCUGGCAGCAUAUGCCCACAGCGGGCAUCCCUCUAAAGCUAAGAAAGUUUUUGACACAAUGCCACUUCAGGACUUGAUCUCCUGGAAUGCUUUGUUAACUGGAUUUGCGCAAGGUGGUGAAACGGGUGAGGCUGAGAAAGUCUUCCUAGCGAUGCCGCAAAGAGACAUAAUCUCUUGGAAUGCAAUCAUCACAGCGCAUGCCCAAACUGGGCAUAUUGAGCGUGCGAGAGAUGCCUUUGAUCGGAUGCCAGAACACGAUCUAAUCUCGUGCACGGCUUUAUUGGGCGGGUUUUCUCAGAGCGGCGACUUGGAAGCCACAAAGAGACUGUUUGAUUUGAUGCCACAGCGUGAUUCCGUUGCCUGGACUGCAAUGCUUGCAGCAUAUGCCCAUAACCGGCAUCUUGCAAGAGCAAAGGAAAUGUUUGAUGAGAUGCCAGUCAGGGACCGAGUAUCUUGGAACGCCAUGGUCUCGGCAUAUGCCCAAAACGGGCAUCUCAAAGAUGCACAGAGUAUGCUUGACCAGAUGCCGUGUGGCGAUGCCGUGUCCUGGAGCACGAUGCUCGGCGCAUACGCUGCUGCUGGUGACGUGGCCAAGGCGGAGGGGAUAUUCAAGAAAAUGCCACAGCAGAGCCUUGUGGCGUGCAACGCGAUGCUGUCGGCAUAUGCCCAUUACGGGCAUCUUGAAGAUGCCAAGCACGUGUUUGAGUAUAUGCCCAGGCAGGACCUUGUAUCGUGGAACGCAAUGCUGUGCGCAUAUGCCGCAAACGGGCAUCUAGAAGAGGCUAAAAGCAUUUUUGUAAAAAUGCCUCAGCAAGAUGUGGUGUCGUACACCGCCAUGUUGGCUGUCUUUGUACAGCAUGGGCAUGUAGAAGAGGCCAAGUACAUCUUCGAUACAAUGCCUCAAAGGGACCAAGUCUCGUGGAACGCAAUGCUUGCGGCAUAUUCCCAGUCGCGGCAUUUGGAGUAUGCACUUCAGUUAUUCCACGGGAUGCCACAGCGUGAUUCCGUGUCUUGGAAUACAAUGGUGUUCGCAUACUCACAGGCCGGUCACCUGGAAUGUGCGUGGAAACUUUUCAAUGCAAUGCCUGAACGAAAUGUGAUAUCGUGGAGCUCAGUAUUGGCUGCGUAUGCCCAGAACGGGCAUACCCGCGAGGCUUUUCAAUUGUUUGAUAGCAUGAAAGUAGAAACCAUACCGGAUGAGAUUUGCUUUAUUCUUGUGCUGAUCGCAACAAGCAGAGCUGGGAAAGUUUAUGACGCAAGGACUCGCUUCGUUUCCAUGGUAUAUGAUUUUAGAAUAAGAGCUUUGAAGCAGCACUACUGCUGUCUUCUGGACGUGAUUGCGAGAGCCGGAUACCUUCACGAAGCCGAGGAUCUUAUCACAAGUAUGCCUUUUGUUCCAAAGGUUUUGGAGUGGACAUGCUUGCUUGCGGCCUGCAAGAGUUACAACGAUCUUGAGAGAGGAGCCAGGAUGACAAGCCGAGCUGUGGAGUCCGACCCCAGCAAUGGAUCUGUCUACGUGCUGCUUGCCAACACUUACUAUGGAGGGGUCAAUGCGUGAGCGACAUGAGUGGAACUGUAAUUGAGCAUCUAAGAUCGCUGGACUCUGGGUAGUCGGCUCGCAUCUUAGAUCUCAACUGUGAGAGGAUAUCCAUUUUUUUCUGACAACGAACUUCUUUUCUAUUAUAGAAUGUUCGCAAUGAUCCAUCCAUUCUUUUCC